AGACAAGGCAUUGUUCAGAUAGACUGACAAGUGCAUUGGAGGAAUGUCCACCAAAUAGCAAGUGUUUAGACAGAAAAGGAUGUUAUUGUGAUGAUGGGUAUGAGUUUGUUGGCACAGAUUGUCAAAAAGUAUUGUACCAGAAAGUCAUGGAGCCCUGCCAUAUACAGAAUGGUUCAAUAUAUGUAUGUGACCAUAAGCAACAUAGCUUCUGUGGAGAAAAGAAAUGUGUGUGCUUUGAUACUUUUCUUCCAAAUAUAACCAGUGGGCGGUGUGAACCUGAAGCUGAUUUCCUGCGUGCCAGUAACCUUACAAAGUACAUUGUCCUACAUGGUGAAUACUGCAAGUCGAAAUCUCAUUGUAUUGAAGGCUUGGAGUGUUAUAAAUAUGCAUGUUCCUGUCCCCGCCCCUGUAUAUACAAGAAGGAAAUGCAGGUAUGUGACUGUGGUGCAUCGUCAUCAACAGGACCUUUAAUUGUUGGCAUCCUGGGUGGUUUGUCAAUCAUUGCAUUUUGGAGCUGGGCAAUAAAGAUUACUUGGAGAUACACAAAAAAGCAGGCGUACCAGGAUGAUGCAUCAGCACCUCCAUCUUUCCAACGAAGUACAGCUUCAUAUCCUCUUGCUCCGAUUACCUCCUCUGUACCAGCUGCCCCACUUUUGUCAGAGGAAGAACUGGGCACUAGGAUUACUGCAGAUGAAAUAGACAAUGGGGAAAUACCAGCAAGAACAGCAGAAUCUCAUCCACUGGCACCACCCGCACAACUUUUAGGAUUUCAGAGUCCUGCAAACUCUCAAUACUCAUCACAGAGUUUUCCUUCUAAUGCAUAUAAUGAUGCCUACUUAGCUAAUGUUUCUGGAGAUCCUUCAGCCCCACCUCCACCAUAUUCAGCCAUUACACAUUAUCCACCAUAUGCACCUUCAUCCUCACCUCCAUAUCCUGCUGACACACCUUCACAUCCUCCCCCGUCCAUGCCUUCCUCAUACCCUUCAUCAUCUUCAGCCCCAUAUCCUCUUAAUCCAUAAAUGACACCACAACUUGUAUUUCAGUUCUUUAAGUGCAGUGAAAAUUAAUUUUUAAGCACAGUGGUAACAAGACACUGGAUCACAUAGCCCUUUAUAUCGGAAGAACCAUUUACAAGAACUAGGAAAAACAGAGUUGGGUUUUCUCUUUUCAUUCUGUUGUCUUUCACGUUUUGGGGACUAUUUUUUUUACUUGCUGCUAAACCACGCAUUUCCUAAUAAACUGCUUGAAGUGAUAGCUUGAAAAUUAAGUUUUCCCGUGAAUUAUAUGAAUACAGAACAGAAUAUAGAAUAUAGGGAUUUUAAGAAUUUGGAUAUAAUGAGUUACAUGCCAGAGGAAUUACUAUACAAGCCAAACAGAAAUAGUAGCAAGUUCUUUGUGAAGAUAAUUUCCAAAUGUAUGAAUUUCCAUGAUAGUGACACAUGAGUUGUUUUCUCUUUUUCAGAGUUCUUGAUUAAAGCUAUUUUGAUAUUUUGAUUUUUAUAUCAGAAUUGGAAACAAAAACUGCAUCUUUGUCAUUUCAACCCUUGAGUCUGACUUGAGGGUUUUGUUUUUGUUGUGUUAGAUCUUGUGCUUGAGCUGCAUGACACAACAAGCAUACUUGGCUGUAGUCAAGGCAGCUCUGGCCCUGUCUUGAGAUAUAUUCAGUCUGAAUUAUGGUAUCAUAUAAUGAAUAAAGAUAAUGUCUGCCUCAUUAUAUCGCUGUCCUUUGGACUUAAAUAUAAAAGGGCAAAAAUAAGUGAAAAGUCAAUAGAACUGAUACUUGAUAUUCGUGAUAACUCCAUUUCGGACUAGAAAUGUGAAAUUCCAGCAGUACAUAAUCAGCAGGUGAACAGUGUGUUGGGUUUAGAAGAGAAGUGGAAUGACUAGGCUAAUAUAAAUUCAUCAUGGUUAUCAGACACUAUUAUAUAUGUGAUAUAAACAUAUGCAAGACCAGUCAGUCUUGAGGUUAAUUGCCUUAAGUGUGGCUUGAUUAAAUAAUACCAAAGUUCAUAUAAUCUUAGGAAAGAAAAAGUGGCAAUACCCUGCAUUCUGGAGUACUCCAGUGUGCCAAGUCUGUUCUUUAUUGUAAUCAUCUCACACUUAAUACUUAGUUUGCAUGUUUAGUAGUUUUUAAACAUAUGAUAUGAUUUAUAUAUUUAUAUUUUAUUUUUUCUGUCUUUAGAAAUUUAUCUUGUCACACACAUGCCCAGUCUACUGUGGUUUUAUUUUCUGAAUUCUCUUCACUCAGAGAUAGCAACAGAAUUGCUUAUUCAACAAUCUCAUCUGCCAAAAAUAAUAUUAGAAAGGAAAUACAAUCAAUUCAAGGAAUUAUCAGGUGAGUCCAUGUACCAGACAUUAAUGAGUUAAUAUACAAAAAUUGGUUUUGAGAUUAUAGGUAGAGUAUUAGUGUCCAUGCUGGAAACUGACAGUGAAGUAGAAAUUCUGUGUAAUAAUCAUUAUUCUUUGUAUGUUUUAUAUAAUAUAUUAGUAUUAUUGAAACUAAAGCUUUGUAAAAGGCUUUUUAUUCAUUAGUUCAGUAGCUGAUGUCACAGGAAAAGUAAAUAUACAUUGAUAUAAUAAAUCAGUGUUUACAUGUUUACAUGUAUACAUUUCCUCCCCCUACAUAUAUAAAGACAGGGAUACAUACACAUACAAUCAUACUCACAAACAUUUGUAGUUAGUAACAGCAAUCAGAAAAUUAUUUCUACCAGCAUUAUACAUCAUGUUUGAGGUCUGCAUUGUCCAGCAUGCUGUGUGCUCACUUAACAAGCUCUAUCCGGCAUGCUAGUAGGGUUGUCCAGGUGGCUUAGUAAAUGGUUGUUAUGCAGUCACAAAAUACAGUAGCCAGUAUGUGGGUGGUAAGCCAAUAGUUCAUAUCACCACAAUCUGUGCUCAAUGCUCUAUACCUGUUGUCAAACCAGCUGUUAGUUUCUGUUGAUUUAUUUCAGCUAAGGGCAGAGCUAAUCUUUUGUUUUGCAUGUCAAUAUUGUCACAAAGUGGCUAAUGACAGACUUACCACUCUUGCCCAUCAAAUUACCUGACAGGGCUGAAGGAGGCAUAAUCUCUCUUUAGUAUAUACUUCUUCCAUAUACAUAACUCAUUGUGUGCUGACUACAACAUACCAGCAUUUUCUCUUUUGGAGAAAUAUAGUCCUCAGUUUUUAGAUCAAAAUCCCUUUUCGGUGACAAGUACAAUACAUUUCAUAAUGAGAACUCAUUUCUCAAAUAUGCCAAUGCCUUAGCUGGGUGUGCCUCCCAGUACUAAGUCCAGGCUAGACUAUAGUUGAUGUUUGCAAUAUAUUAAUUUAGGCAAGAGUGGCUUUGUAAAACUAAGGUCUUUCAAGGCCUUUACCACAAACAGGAAUGUGUGACUUUAAAAAUUAGAUCACUAAUGUUUUAAAUAUGUAUAUUCAUUGUUGUACAUUGGGUGUUUCUGAGCUACAGUGCUUCCAUAAGUAUUUCCUAUAGUAACUUAAGCAUAUUUUUACCUGUGAAGUUUGCAGAAAAAUAAAUGAUAUAUUUUCUACAUAUUGUUUCUGUUGUAUUUUUGUUAUUCUAAACUUAUUGUAAAUGUUUUAUUAUGAGAUUUUUAUAUGAAUACAUUUACUCUGAAU